GCCCUGGUCUGAUCUCACAGCUCGUCCCUGUUUGAUCUCAGCUGCAUCAGAGCGCCACUUCUCCCCAGGUUCACUAGAGGAAACACCACUGAACAAAAUGCUUUUCUUUCCAGCUGCUGCUCUGUGCUGUCUCUGUUCAGCUCUGGCUGCCAUGACAACACAGCUGAUUCAGGAUGAUUUAACAUUGACCAGGAAAGUUGAUGGAAGAGUCUACUUCAGCUGUGAAGGCACUGAGCACUGUGACGGAAAUUAUGUAUACUGGUACCAGAAUAGAGACACAGAAACAUUCACAGCUAUUGCUGAUAUUGAUAAGAGUAAUGGUGUCAUAGAUAAGGAGAGAUACAAUCAUCCUCAGAAAGAUGAUUUCUCAGCUGUGUAUAAAAGCAGCUGGAAGUUGCAGAUCCUUAACGUUAGACCCGAUCAUUCAGCCACCUACUACUGCUCCUGUAGAAGACUGAUCCCCACAGUGAGAAAUGAUCCCUGCAGCCUGAACAAAAACCUCCAGAUGUCAAACAGUGUUUCUUACAGGAAGAGAGAGGCAGAUGGAGAGUACAGACGGUACUGGAUCUUUGGCUCUGGAACUAAACUGUUUGUAACAGAUAAGCCAGUAGUGAAGCCCGUGGUGAGAGUGUACCCAGCAGCAUCCAGAGCCCACCUGGAGGGGAGGAGCUCCCUGCUGUGUCUGGCCUCAGCCAUGUUUCCUCCUCUGGUCCAGUUCUCCUGGAAAAAAAGAAAGGAGAAUGGUCCUCUGGAGGAGCUGCCCCCUGCUGAGGGAGAGCAGCUGGAGCUCAGAGAGUUGGGACGCACCGCCUCCAUCUUGCUAAUCCAUCAGCAAGAGAACAGCAAAUAUAAAUACCGCUGCGACGUCAAUCAUGAGUGGGGAUCAGUGAAGGCCCACACAGAACAAGAGGUUUCUAUUCUUCCACCAUCACUUCCACCAGCAGCUUCUGUCCCGUCUCAGUACCAAGUGAAGCUGCUCUGUCUGAUGUACACACAGCUGAUAGUGAAGAGUCUGGUAUACUGCUGUGGACUCUCUCUGCUGAUGAUCCUCAGAAACAAGGGACUGUCCACCAACUGCACACAUGCUGACUGAAUUUUCUGCUCGCCUUUUCUCGACAUGAAAUCUCAUCAAUUCAUCUAAUUUAUCACUUUGAUCAGUAUUAAGAAAUAUCAAUUAUGAUGUGUUGUAUAUUUCAUCCUAAACAUACUUAUAGGCUACAUAUAAUUUUGAUAUAUAUAAUUUUUUUUUAUUUGAUACUGAUUAUUUCUACUUUAAAUUAUGACUUGUAUAUUGAUAGAAAAUUAACGUGAAUCAU